GCCUCGUGUUCAUAACGGUUGGGAUCUGAUGCCUUAGAUUUCCAGCGCCACAAAGAGGAGCAGGCACUUGGCAGAGCGGAGAGUGGGGAUCUGGAAGCCGCCGAUGCGGAUCCCCGUCGGAGGGCGGGCUGGGUUGUUAAGUCUCACUUCCGCCGGACGGACGCUGUUUGGAGAAGGAUGGAGAAGGAGCGGAGGCUGCGGGGGAGGCUGAGCCGCCGCAGGCCGCCCGCGGGGGGCGGGCCCCCUGACUGCCGCCCGUGGUUUCUCGCGGAGGAAAGUAAGAGUGAGCCGUGGGCUGCUCUGCUGCGCAGCACCGUGGGCGGGAACCCGAACAGUCAGCCAUUACCACCACUGCCUGCUUUUCCCAGCCAGGAGCCUCUGCCUGACCCAGAGUCAACUGUGCCUCCUGAGGUCUUCACUGUGGGAACCAAGACUUUUUCCUGGACGCCUUUUCCACCUGCCCUUCGUGGCUCUGGAAGCUCCUACCACCUGCACCAGGGACCCGAAGACUCCCUGGGGUCACCUACUCCAUCCCAGAAAGGAUGCCCUGCACUGGAUUCCCACCAAACUCCCAGCACCCAGGCGUGUGUGCCUGUGCAGAGUCCACCUGUGUUGACGAGCUGCCCCUUGUGCCAGAAGGCAUUUGACCCGAAAAUGACCCAGCUAGAUGUGGAUAGCCACCUUGCUCAGUGCUUGGCUGAAAGCACAGAAGAUGUGGUGUGGUGAGCUUCAGGGUGCCUUGCUGUAUCUUUGCCUUUAAGCCUACACGCUGACAUUGGAUGUGGCUGGUGAGACAUCUUGGACAUGGGCAUUGGACAUAUUGCUGGCCACUCACAGCAGGCAGCAGAUCCUCUGUGGAUUCAUCUUCAUUGUCAGCCUAACUGGAUGUGGAAUCACCUAGGAGACACAUCUCCGGUGUGCCUGUGAAACUGUUUCUAGAGAUUAACUGGGAAAGGAAGUCCCACUUGAAUGUGGGUGGCACCGUGGCCUGGGGUCCCACUGACUAAAAAGGGAAAAAGGAGAAAUUGAGCUGCUUCCUGAUUGGGGAUGUGAUGAGAUGCACUUCUCAUCUGCUACGGCAGCCAUAGCUACUUUUGCUACUGUGCCCUCCUUGCUGCGGGGACUGUGCCUUUAACUGUGAGCCACAAUAAAUUUUAAGUUGCUUUCCA